AUCAGAAGAAAAUUAUUUUUUUCAUCCCUCCCACGCCCUUUACAACAACAUGCUGUCUAUAUCUCCCGAUACCCCAUUUGAAAUGUCCGAGCGAGACAAUGAAAUCCACCGGGAAGCCAGCACAUCCCUUAAAUAUGAGGAUAGCGAAGACGACAAUGAUGACAAUGACGACAAUGACGAGAUUUACUGGUACAAGGACGAUGACGAAAACCCCAGUAAGAAUAGCGUCGAUGGGGAGAGUGGAGACAAAUUGCUUGAGAGUGAACAUACAGGAGAUAUCAAAUUUACUGGAAUUACCGUGGGCAAGGACCACAAAUCGGUUCCUGGUAAAUACCACGGAGCCACACCCGAGUCAACACUUGAUGUGUCCGUUGGGGAAACUGUCCAUCAAAUCCGGCGGUAUAUGGAAUUCCGCCCAAUAGCAACCGUGAGAGCCAUCCAGGCCAAUUUGGGGCGGCCCAUGGAAAAGAGCGCUGAUUUGCUCCUACAAAGAAUCGUGUCUACAGAAAAGCUUCGCCUUGAGAUCUCAUGGAGAGAUGGGUUCUUUUGGAACGGAAAAAUGAGCCUUCAACAGGAAGCAAUCAUAUCAGAUAUGGCUUUGGAGUUUGGUGCAAAGUAUACGAGAAAACAGGCUUAUCUAAGGGGUAUGAUUCUGACUAGGGCAAGGGUCAUGUCAGAAAACCAAUCCGCUGGUCUGCGACCCCAACAGGGCUUCCAGGAAAGCACACCGGCGCUUGAAAGCCCAAUCACUAAGGAGCAAAUUGAUGUUCUUUCUGCAAUAGGGAACAAAAAGUUGACUCGGCGCUUGUAUAAGAGGACGCUGAAGAUAUUCCCCCGAGAAGAAAGGCUGAACGCAGUCAAAUUCUAUCGGACGCGGAAAUAUGUCGACCCGAGAUCCGGAAAAGAACGACCAAUCUCAAUCAAUAGUGCGUCUGAAACAUUACAUAUUCCACCAGGGACAUUGAGGCGAUGGUCAAGGCAAGAACAGAAAAUUGCAGGAAUGAAACAAGGCUCGUCGAGAGCCAAUGGAGUAAGGAAGGCUACAUAGAAGAAUUUUUUGAGAAUACCACAUUUGGUGCUGUAAUAUCUGUUCGUCAUUUAAUGGAGGAUGUCACAGGCAUUUUCACGGGCUCGGAAACUAGCAGAUAAAACGAACAAUAUUCAUAUCUGGACUAGGUAGCCUAGCAACGAGAAU